UAACCCACACAGUGACACAAGUGAAACGCUGCCAAUUGUGGUGUUUAUGUUUUUUUGUGUGUGUUGUUGUUGGUGGUAUUUUAGAAUCUAGGCCAAGUUAGGCCUGUCGUGUGAUCAUUUCACAGAUCUAGAGCUAGAACUUUGAAAUGAGGGUUACAUUUCCGUCUAAAUCGUUAGUGACAUUUUGUUACGCUUCUUGGAUGGAUGGAUAUAUAGAUGUAUAAUAACGGGUGUUGCUCAUUAUAGUGCUUAGUUUUCUGACAAAUAGCGUGAGUUGCUAAUUGUGUUAUUGUCAAGUCAGCUGAUUGAAAUAGUAGAUCCAGAUAUUCUCUACUGUUUAUAGACUUUGUUUGAUCGUUUGAUGCAUUUUGUUUAAAAGUUCUUUCGUUGAAGACAAUUCAAUGGUUCCUCCUACGCGUUUCUUGAAAUGUUUAGACACCACUUCAUUAUUUGAAUCCACACAUCUAAUUAGCUUUGUUUCGCGUGUUGAUUGGUAACAUGUACACAGCCGCUAGAUCCAUAUCAAAUGCCCCGAUUAUUGACUGGCAUUACAGUACGGAUAUUUUGUAUUUUGUUUAGCAUUGAUAGAUCUCUAAGUGUCAGUACUAUACAACGUUAUUGGCAUUGACACUGGUUAAUGGAGACUUUCAUACAUUCAUAAAUAGCAAGCAUUUUUUUUUUGGGUGUAUCCUGUGUACAGAAUGAAGGAAGUGCAGAUCAGCCUAUCUUUUAAAGAUCUAUAUUAGGAUUUUUCUUUCGCACCUUUUAGCAAGCAGACUCCAAUUUUCUGAGCUCUUCCGUAUGAAGUUCACAUUUCUGGGCAACAUUGAAGCUCAUCUUAGUGUCCCUGACAUUGGUGCGCUUAUCGUGAGACUCUCCCAUACACUAAAUGUAUUGUCUUAGGAAAACUAGUGCAAAGCCAGUGAAGAAAAAAUGUUUAUGUUUUCCUCGUUUCCCUGAAAUGUUAACUAUGAGUAGCUCAUUAAAUUGUUUCUGAGUAACCUAAUUCUAAAUUCCCAGGAAACGAAAUUCUAAUUUCCUUAGUAACCUAAUUCUAAAUUCCCAGGAAACGAAAUUCUAAUUUCCUAAGGGUCUAGACAUAAAUCUAAUUUCCUAGGUAACUAGAUUAUAUUUUCCUAAUUAACUAAAUUCUUAAUAAUUACAAAAUCAUACAUGACAAGAUCAUGUUCAUAACAAGAAUCUUGUUGCUAAGUAACAGAUCUUAUUUUAAAGUAAAUUAGAUACUGUUCCCAACUAACUGAGAUAUUGUUGCUGAUUAACUGAUAUCAUGUUCCUAAGUUACUAAGAUUUUGUUUUUAAGUAACUCAGAUAUUGUUCCCAAAUAAUAAAAUGUUGCUAAUUAGCUGAGAUCGGGUUUUCAAGUAAUUGAGGUCAUGUUUCUAUUCAUCAACAUAUGGCUGCAAUCAUUCAAUAUUAACAUAAAAAAACAAAUUAUGCAUGUAACCUUAAAGAGACUUUAUUUAAAACCAACACAAAACGUUUAAAUUAUUACAACGUUUAUGCAGGUCAGUCUCUUGUAGAUCACUAAUGGUAUUAGACAAAAUAUGAUUUUGAAACAGUGGCUAGCAGUUUUGUUAGUUGCCUAUCUCACAUGCAGUAGUAUUGUCUUACAUCUUAAGUUCUGACAUAGGUGAGAAAAAGACUAUGAGUAAUAGGCUAGAUAUAAUAUACAUUUUUGUGUGCAGUGUACAUGUAAGCUAACAUCGAGUGGAUAUUAGUAUACUAUCAUGGAUCUAUAACAGUGUAUAACUGUAGAGUAGAUAAUGGGGGUGUGGUGGCAGAGUAAUAAGGCGCCUGACGUCCAAACUGAGGGAUCUCGGGUUUAAAUCCUUUCGAAGACUGACUUUUAGGGGGCGCCCCUAUAUCCACCCAACUCCAAUGGGUAACUGACAUAAUUAGUAGGGGAAAAGUGAAGGCCGUUAGUCGUUGCGCUGGCCACAUGACACCCUUAUUAACUCUGGACCACAGAAAUAAAUGACCUUUACAUCAUCAUCUGCCCCAUAGAUCGCAAGGUCUGAAAGGGGUACUUUACAGUAAAUGCAAGUAUGCUAUCAAAGAUAAUUGUACAUCUGGAGAUAUUGUUUUGCAUUAAAACGAAAUAGUCUAAAUCUCUUCAUUGCCUAAGCGUCUGCUAGCUAAAGUUCUACAAACGCACGUACUACGGGUGAUGGGUUACUACUACAUUCUUUACAUUCUGACCGCCCCUCCCCAACCACAUUGGCCAGUUUUUUUGUUUUUUUUUGUGUUUUUUGAACGUUUUGUCUAGAAAGUAGGUCGCUGACUAUUGAUUGCUUCUGGAGGGGAGAGUUCUGUGUGGGUUUAAAAAACAAAACACGAUUGGAUUGAAGUAGACCUGGUCUUGGAACCGAGAGUUGACCUAUCCGGUAUUUAGUGGAAUGUUUAUAAAGAGUUGACCCCUUCCGGUAUCGUUAUGAACUGUACCUUCUGUUGUCGUCUGCACCAUUCAUUCAGGAGAAAUAGAACGUGCCCAGAGGAAAUGUUCAUACCUAACUCGGUGUCAAUUACCUUCUCAUAGCAGACAAGUGUUGGGAUUACUAGACCAACAAUAGUGACAGUGACCAUGACCCUGGCGUAGUAGGUCCAGCACCAUGUCUGAAGCCCAGAAAGUCAAGGCUAAUGGCUAUGGAGAUAGUGUCAUCAAACAAUUCCAGACUUUGAGAUCAGAGAAUGAGCUGUGUGACUUCAAAGUGCUGGCCCAGGGGCGGGUCUUUGAGGUGCAUCGAGCCCUACUGGCUGCCACCAGUGAUUACUUUCGGGUCAUGUUCAAAGGGGUCAUGGCAGAGAGCAGGCAGGAUACAGUGGAUCUUAAAGGUGUGUCAGCUGACGGCUUACAACAGGUGAUAGAUUUUAUCUACAGUGGUGAAAUGACCUUGUCUGGGGAAAAUUUGACGGAGGUUAUCAACACAGCUAGUCACCUGCAAGUGGCCAGUGCCAUAGAUGUCUGCAGCUCUUACAUUAAGUCCCUCCUGACAUUUGACAACUAUGAGGAGCUGCUCUCCAUCGCAGACACCUACACUUUGGAUGCUGUUGUCACUCACUGGGAGAACAUGAUCCACGAACGUUUUAUGGAGUUCACUGGGACUCAGGCCUUUUUAAAGAUGGAUGGUGAUAAGUUGUCCCAACACCUUGCUCAAAACAGCAUCAGAAUACAGUCAGAAUAUCAGCUGUUUCUCAGCUUGGAUAAAUGGUUCAGGUACCAGGCAAGUCGUUAUGCUCAGGACUCAGCCAAACUUGUGGGCAACAUAAGAUUUGGUUUGAUGUCAGAGCAGGAGCUGACUGCUAUCAGAGAUACAGACACAAUCAAGAGAUGUCCAGUUGGACAGACACUAUUAGCUAAAGGCUACCACUACCACAUGGACAGUAAAAAAGGCCACCCCAACAUUGAUGACUUCUGUAAAGUUCGAGCUGACAAGCCAGCUAUAGUCAUGGUACACCUUGGCACCUCACACAUGCCUUUCCAGAUCACUGCAUUUAACCCUGUCACUAAGAACUUUUACUGUCUCUUCAGUGACGUCAAUGGCAUCAGGGAUUGUCGUGUGGCCUCAGUGGACAACUUUGCCUACAUCUGUCGUGUUGUUGAUUUUGGGGGAGGCACCUUGAUGAGCUCGCUAUUUCGAUUCGAUCCCAGGCAUUUAAUUGGGCAGGAGUUACGUCCCAUGCGGCGGCUGCGGUUGGAGUUUGCGUGUGUGUCACAUUCUCGGUGCUUGUAUGCUUUCGGAGGAACUACAGAGCAGUUUGCUAUCUUGGAUUCAGUGGAGUGCUACAACGUUCAGUCCAACACAUGGGAUGAAUUGCCACCGCUGCCUGCCCCAACUCAUUCCCUUGCAGCUGUGUCACAUGGACCCAAAAUCUACCUCUCAGGUGGUGUCUCUGGACAAGAUCGAUCCAUUGUUGCCAGUUUUAUCAGCUAUGAUCCACUGACACGCCGCUACGAAGCCAAGCCAAGCAUGUUCUAUCCUAGGCGGCUUCAUGACAUGAUAGCCUUUAAAAACAAAAUAUUUGCUCUUGGUGGCAUUACCAGGCAGGGAAUUCCCCUCUAUGGACAGAUACCCAUUGAGAGCUUUGAUAUGACCACCAAUCAAUGGACAAUGCUCUCUUCCACUCUGGGCGGCCGCUCUGUUGGCCACUAUCUAUUCCUGGAUGAAGGGCAAAUUUUGUCUCUGGGACAUGAGCACCACAGUGCUACAGAAGAGGAAAUGUGGCUUUAUCUCCCUGACAGUGACUCCUGGUCUAAAUACUCUAGAGCUCCUCAAAGGAUGAGCUUAAACUCUGCAUUAAGCACGCAGCUCUACAUCAACUUCUUCCAAGAGAAAGUUUCCAGCAAAAUUAUGAAAGAUAAAUGAACCAGAGUCUAAGGUCAUUUUGUUUUGGGAGAACAAAAAACAAACACAUUUCAGUUUCUGUGUCAAGGAAUGCCAGAAUAGAAUUUGUUCUCAGGUUUGAAAAGUGUUUCUUCCUGACUGCAAGGGAGAAGAAAUAAAUCUCAUCUUUUCUUGUUAAACUGGCGUCUGCUCAGCAGAAGUAUGGGGAUUGUUGGCUGUUUUACCCUGAACAUUUAUUUUGUUUACCAGUCUAAUCAAGAGAAAAAAUGUGUAUCAGAGAAAUGAACAAGUGUGAAUAGAAUUAUAUCAACGCCUGAACAAAAUGUAUUCGCUCUGGAAUUUAUUGCCAGGUAUUGUAGUUUAAUUCUCAUAAAUAAAGUUAUUGGGUGUGUUUCAAAUGACAAAGGAUUAGUCAAAUGAAAGAUUGUUGAAAUCUUUUGGCUGCAAAUGUUCACAUUCAGUUGCAUUUCAUUAUAAACAAUCUAAAUUUCUCACACAAUUCUUGGAAUGAUUUUGAUAUAAGUAAUUUGUAAUGUGCAGAAGUAACACUGUGUUUUUGACUGAAGGAGUUUUAAUAGAGAAAAACAUUUUUGACUAUUGCUUAACAAAUGACCAGAUUCACUUUCUUUAAUGUAAACAUUUGAAUGGUUUUUAUAUCUGCUGUUUGCCAACAUCUUAGCCAGAAAAGAAAAAAGAAAGUUGCAAUGGUCUUGGUGUAACAAGCAUUUUAAGAAGAUGGACUUUCCUGAGAGUAACAAAAACAAAAUAUAUAUAACUUCACAAUACAGUAAAAAAAAAAAUACUUGUAGGUUGAAAAAUUACUUUCACUCUGAAAGUCCAGUAUUCACCCAAGUAUCACCUUUGUUUAUUUUUUGCUUACUAGCCAUUGGGAUCUGAAGGUGAUGUUGGAAUGUUUUAGCAAAGGUAUUCAUUAUGUGACUGAAAUAGCAGCUCCCCCAACUGCUGUCACAUUGGCUGGAGCCACUUAUCCAGGACUUUUGUUUGCAUCUUUAAUGAUGGGCGUAAGAAUAUUGGAUAAACAUUAAACAAAUGUUAAUUAGGACAAAAAACAAAGAGUGGCUGGUUGAUGGGGAUUAGCCAAUUACCAAAUUUUGCAUGUAUUCUUCUUGUUAAAGAACUGAUUGAUGCUUUGGGUCAGCUCCACAAUGUUGUUGUUCAUUGACUCAGGUUCAUGUUUUGAAUUCAGGGGCACACCUAUAUCAACACACAUUACUUGUAUGAUAACAAUCAGUGUCUGGUUGCCAAUCAUCUCAUUAGGUCAUGCAGUUUCUUUUGAACAUAAACUAAGCCGCUCUUCCUGUCCUUGACCUUUGUGUCUGCUACAGUAUUAUGGUUUUUGGUCUUUGGAAGUUCUUAGGAAAAGAAUUCCAUAUUAAAUUUUGCUUUGUUUAUUCUUGUGUUAGUUGUCUGCUAAUAAAAUUUGCAUUGUAUGGAGCUGCUUUUGAAAUGUACACUCUUCUCUAUAGAAUAUAUGUAUAGGUGUAGUUGUCUUGAAAAUAAAACUCAGAAAUGUUUAACAAAUUUUGUUAAUUAAGUAUUUCAAAAUUUAAAAAAAAUAUAUAUUUUUUGUUGGCUGCAUACUACUAGAUCUAGCGUUUUUUGUUUAAUAUCAGGAAUAAAUAUAUAUUUCCUUUGGUCAGCUAUGCCUUGCUACUAUCCAUAGAUUUAUUUCGAACUCAAAAAGUAGUUCUUUAUAUUUGUUUUUUAGAAAGUAAAAUUAGUAGCCUAAAAUCCAGUCUUAAAAGUUUUAAAGUGAUUUCUUUGUCUAAACACUUUUGCUGAAAAUGUAUUUCAACAUUAUUUUGUUUUAGUGCUGGCAAGUGUUAUUUCCCUUAUGUUAUCCUUAUUACAUUGUCUUGAAAGCAAUAGUUGUUAAUAGCUAUUUCCCUUACUUUUGAUUUGUAAUUAUCUGCCUCUGACUUUUUGUGCACAUUUUCAAUGUCUAGACUAAGAAACUUUAUAAUAGAGUCUGUUGUUUUUUUUUUUUUCUUUUCAAAGACAAGCCCAAAGCUUUUGCAGGCUGGUCCUAAAACUGACCAGAUUUAUGGUUACAGUCAAAUGAAAUCAAUCUAUUCUUUUAAUACACAAUUAUUUGCAUAGAUAAUUUGUUGUUCUUCAUGAAUUUUACAUGGAAACACAAAUGUGAUUAUAAGCAUCUCAUGGAAUAAUGUUUUCAAUGAAAUUUUUGUUACUUUAAAUUAAAGUUAUUUAGAAUCUUGGAGUUGUUAUUUGAAAGAGUUAUUUUAAAAUAUUUUUUUUUUAAUUAAAGUAUUACUCAAAGUUUUAAUAGCAGUUGUUAUUGAGAAAAAUCAUAACUGAAAAAAAAAUGUUGAAAUAGCCCUUUUUAGAUAUUACAUUUUAAAUAUUCCAUCGGUUUCAGGUUAAAUCAGUUCUAGCGCCCAAUGGAAUUAGAACAUUUUUUUAUACAUAUUUAAGAUCAUAAGCCAAUCAAAGUUUUAAAAAAAAUGUUUUUGCUUUAUUUUUCAGCAUUUUUAGUAUAAAUCAGCUUUCACAGAUUGGUGUGCUGUUUCUUGGGCCACCUCCCCCCCCCCCCCCCUCCUCCCCCAACAGAUUUAUCUGUGAUAAUGGUUUUCAUUCAUUGUGUACUAUACCAAUGUACAGUCAUACUUCUCAUUUCAAGGACAUCAUUUAACUUCCAUCCAAUUCUUUCUCUGCAAUUUGAUUGUAUAUGUAACAAAGAUAAUGACAGACAUAUGAAGAAAAUGGCUGAUAAACAGGCUUGUCUCUUUAGAACAUAUAUAUAUAUAUAUAUACUUUUACUAUUAAAAAAAAAAGAGGAAAUAUUCAUUCAUUGGCUUUUGUACCAUAAUUUUUAAGUGAGUGAUAAGUUAAAUUUUGUUUUAUUAACAAUGAUGAUUUGGUAAAUAUAAAUACAUUCACUAAUUGCUUACAAUUUAAUCUAAUAAUCUCUAUUUUGAAAUGACAUUUUUAAGAUUGGAAAUAUUUGUUAAUUAGAAAUUUGUCAAAACAUUUGUGUAUUGUUGAUUGGUUUAUAACACUGUCAGAAGUUAUAGUCAUUGUUUGUUAUUAUAUAAAUGUAUCAUGAUGUGGACUGAUCUAAAAUGUACUUCUUUUUUUUUAUCAUAAGUAGAGGUGAGGAAAAACACAUCAUUUUCAUUGCUUGAGUCGUUUGUUUUUUUUUUAAUUUUUUUUUGUUGGUUUAAUUUUUCAGUUAGUAUUUUUUGUUUAAAAUGAUACUGAGGGUUGUCCCAAUAGCUGUGCAUUGGAAUGAUACAAGUAUUUGGUUUUAUUCUGUUACAGCAAUACACAUUUGUUUUAGUGAGCUGAUGUUAUCAUUAUGAGUUUUGAUUCUCUUGAAUUCCCUUUCAUGCUUUUAAUUCCCCACUAUGGAGGAAAAUGUGAAACGUUGACAUUGACCUAUAUAGAAUUCUUUCCUAUGUGUUAUUGCUUACAAAAGUAAUGAAAUGUCUAGUGUAUACAUUUUCUUGACCUCAGAGCGUGUUUUAUACAUAUAUAUUUUGUUUUCAAAUUUGAGUUCAUAAAUCCUACUAUUCAUAAUUUUUGUUCAGAUUUCAAAACAAAGUAUUUGUGAAAUAGUUUGGUGUUAAUCUUGUUUGGUAUGGUUCAUACUCAGGCUAUAUCAAAAUUCACUAUUAAGUUUAGUCCUGAGCAGGUUAGAGGUCUUGGGCUCACUUUAGUUGGUAAGACUAGUUUUCAUGACUCUUGAUUUCUAUAUCUAGGGAACUCUGUUGUAUUAAGUUAUUCAAUUACCAUUUUAGUGUUAAUGCAAGUGUCUACUUUAGUUUUAGAAAAAAUUGUGUAUCACUUCAGUUGUAAGUCUCUGAGAAAACUUAGUGUUUAUAUCAUUCUUUGGUCUAUACUUUCUAACAGCGUUGUCCAACAGUUUUUGGCUUGGAGACUAAUUGUUCAACAUCCUUGUUAAAUUUUAGAGUGGGCUUCGAAGAGGUUUCAAGGGGCCAGAUAGUACCGCAUCACAGGCCAUAAAUGUGGCAUCACUGCCCUUUAAGCUCUAUAAGUUUCCCAGUAAGCUGUUCUUAACUUGUAAGAAUACAUCAUAGAAAGUAGCAGGAUUCUGAAAUAAUUGUUUCAUCACAUUGGCUUGUCUUGCAAUUCUGACUUGUUUGGUUGUUAGCUUGACCUGAUCUACUUCUUGUUGUUUUCAAUCACUCUUGACUUGUUUGUUAAUGUGUGUUAUUGUUUGGUUAUUAGCUUGACCUGAUCUACUUCUUGUUGUUUUCAGUCUUGACUUGUUUGUUAAUGUGUGUUAUUGUUUGGUUGUUAGCUUGACCUGAUCUACUUCUUGUUUUCAGUCUUGACUUGUUUGUUAAUGUGUGUUAUUGUUUGGUUGUUAGCUUGACCUGAUCUACUUCUUGUUGUUUUCAGUCUUGACUUGUUUGUUAAUGUGUGUUAUUGUUUGGUUGUUAGCUUGACCUGAUCUACUUCUUGUUUUCAGUCUUGACUUGUUUGUUAAUGUGUGUUAUUGUUCGGUUGUUAGCUUGACCUGAUCUACUUCUUGUUGUUUUCAGUCUUGACUUGUUGUCACUUUCAAAGACACCAAAAGAAACCAAAGAUCAUCUUUUUUUUUUUUUUGCUAAUAUAAAUUCCUUCAUGACAACUUCCAUGUUUAGCUAGCUUGUUGUGUUGGCUUGGCUCUUGGGUUUUUCAUUUUAGAUCAAGUGUUAGAUUACUGACUUGUUAUUGGAUGAUACACUUGUUGUUUUGUUUUUGUGUAGGUUGUUAUUGUGUAAAACCUUUUUUUUUUUUUUUUUUUGUAAUUGUUGUAAAAUAGUUGGUUACAAAAUUAUUCUUGAUCGGUAACAAAUGAAGACAUGAUGUAAAUUAUAUUCUUUGGGAGACAUCUUCUAUUACUUUUUUUGUGGAAUGUAAUUUUUAUAUUUAUAAAAUGUAAUUUUUUAAAAUGUUUCUAAUGAAGUUUAAGGCCUCUAUUAUUGUUCUCCUUUUAACAUUGUCUCAAAGCCCAAAUAGAUUUUUAAGGCAAACAAAUUACCUUUGUGUCUCAUUGUAGUUCUUCUUGUCAAACUUUCACAUCAGAAAAAGCGGAUCAGAAAGUCACAAAGUAAAAGUUGUAGCUCUAAUUUUACAAUUGAUUCUAGUCUUGAAAUUGUGAUAUUUUUUAAAGUCCACUUAUUAAGACUAUUUUUAAUAAAUAAAUUAAAAAAAAAACACAAUUUUUUACACUGUAUAAGAUAAUAGGAGAUGUUUUUGUAAUGAAAUGCUCACAAAUUCAAAUUAUUUCUGAAAUGUAAGUCACUGACCAACUUGUCAAGUAGAAAAGCAAAACAGUUACAUGCCUGCAUUGACUCUUAAGAUUUUGAUUUGGCUGCUUAGCAUGUGGCAUCAUGCCAGAAAACUAGAAACACAUCUUGAGGAGCUUAAAACUGGACUGAAUCAGAGUUGAAUCAAUUCCAGAGUUGAACCAAUUCAUACUAAUAGAUCUUUGCAAGAAAAGACGGACAUCUGCACUAUUAAGUGUUACACAGUUUAGUAACAUAUUAGUGUGACAUUUGUCAAAACUAUUAACUGUGUAUAGACUUUCUAUGUUGAUGUAGCAUUCAGAGAUGUCUCCUUGUUUAGAGCCUUGAUAGUAAAGACCCUGCUGUGUGGUGUUGUACUGUCUAUAGCAAGCAAAGUCAUUUUGCAUCUUUUUGUUUUUCUCACCUGUAGAGUGGGCAUCAUGGGAAAUAUUACUACUUCCUGUGUGUGUGUGUUAAAUUGUUAGGGACAUAUAUUGGAUCAUUUCUAAGCUAGUUACAAGUAUUUGGUCAUUUUGAUGCUGUUAUUACAGAGAGAUUGUUUGUCAUUUCAGAAACUAAUAUAUGUCAAAACAAAAUAGCUUUCCAUGUUCACAUGCUGAUAAAAAAAAAACAACAAAUUUAAGAAAAAUGCGAUAAUUUAUUUUUCUUUUUUUUUUUUUUAAAUUUCCUACUUUGUUAAGUAAGAAGCUCAUGGUAAUCUUGGAUUGCCAAGAAAACAAAUGCUAUGAGAUGGCUAGGCCUCUCUAUUGUGAUAUUGUAUGGCAGAGAUGGCCGACCUUCCUGGGCUUGGGGAGCAUAGAAUUUUUAUGAUACAUGGUCACACGCAGCAUCACUGAUCAAAAUACUCUCAAGUUCAAAUAUAACUUUGGCAUCACUGUGGACAGAUUGCACAGUAUCAUGAGUCAGGGCAUCACUGUGGACAGAUUGCACAGUAUCAUGAGUCAGGGCAUCACUGUGGACAGAUUGCACAGUAUCAUGAGUCAGUGCAUCACUGUGGACAGAUUGCACAGUAUCAUGAGUCAGUGCAUCACUGUGGACAGAUUGCACAGUAUCAUGAGUCAGGGCAUCACUGUGGACAGAUUGCACAGUAUCAUGAGUCAGGGCAUCACUGUGGACAGAUUGCACAGUAUCAUGAGUCAGGGCAUCACUGUGGACAGAUUGCACAGUAUCAUGAGUCAGGGCAUCACUGUGGACAGAUUGCACAGUAUCAUGAGUCAGGGCAUCACUGUGGACAGAUUGCACAGUAUCAUGAGUCAGGGCAUCACUGUUGUGUGGGAUGUAGUUUUUGUGUGCUUAUCUACCCCUUUCCUUCCACCCACGUCUGCUUAAAUCUGCCCAUUUUCAUUUUGUGUUCCACCCGGUGUUAAACUGCGAUAGUUGUUUUAAUAUAAUAUUUUAUAUAUAAAAGAACUGUUGUAUUUUUUGUUGUUGUAUUUUUUUAUUUUGGUUUACAUUUAUGCUUCCCCCCUACAAAAACUUAAACAGUAUAUAUAUAUUAUAUAUCUGUCAAAUAUUCUUACUUUCUGUUUUGUUCUUAAUGAUGUUUUAUUAACAAAAAAAAUCAUUUUUAAUUUCAUUGUCACCAAUAGUCCUGACAGCCUUCUUCCUUUAUGGAUAUUAUAAGGUGUGGUUGGUGCUAUCAUUGAAUGAUCUAAGACAUUGGACAGACUGAGUCAAAAAAAGGGUAAACAUGAAACUAUUAUUUAAAUGCUGUCUAGAUGAAAUAAUCAGACACUGUCAAUAGGUAAAUGUAUAUAUUUAUAUAUAUAUAUACAUAACAACUAUAGCAGUCAUACAUUGGUUACCAGGAACAAAAACAACAACUUGUGGUUACAAUGUUGUUGUUUUUGUGUGACAUUCUCACCAAAUGAGAAGCCUGGAAGCUCUGGAUUUGGAAAUUCCAGAAGCUGCUAAAACAUUUAUAUUGUCAAAUGUAUCUUCUGUAAUGUCACUCUGUGAAUAGAAAAGAUUGGAUUUAAUUUUCUUAACAUCUGAACUUGUUUCUGCACUUAAAUUCAUGGAUUGGACACACAGACAUCCAAAUAGCAACACUCACACAGAAGUUUUUAUGCAAUUUCCAUUCAGAAAUGUGUUGUGGUACAUUUGUGUUGUCUAUUUGCUUUUGUUUGGCAAGAGUGUCAUAUGUUGUCAGGAGCAGAAUUGAGUUUGAUGAAUUUUGAAAUGUUGGCCAAUUAUUUUACAUGUGCUAUAAAGAUUAUUAUUGGAUUGGAUUUUUUUUUAAAGAUUUAAGCAGUUAGUUUCUGAAAAUAGCUUUUUUUAAAAAUCUUAUAAUGUAUUCAACACAGUGAUAUAUUUUUACACACACAUCAUGUGACUUUUGAAGCCAAAUGAGACAGAACUUGCCAACUUUCUCAUGUUCCACCUUUGUUAGAGAAAAGUACAAAAUGUUUUUCAUUAGUUAUUAAUUAUUAGCCUGCUGAUGAGUUAUUUGCUUAUCAAACAAACAUAUAUGCCCAGCAUAGGAAGUCAAGAGAAGUCUGAAGUAAGUUAUCUCAAAGUAAUUUGUAUUACUUAAAAAAUGGUGUACAUUUUUUAAAUGUUACAAAGUAAAUAAUAAGUAUUGGCAGUAUUUCAGUAGACAAAAAAAAAGUCAGAAUGAAGGCAAUGAACAAAUAUUUUUAUUUCAAAACAUUGUCCAAGAGAUUUUCAGUAAAUACAAAAUAUUUAGAAAAAAAUGUCUAACAAAUUUUCAUGACAAAACAUUGUCCAAGAGAUGUUCAAUUAUGUUCUAUCUUUUAAUUCAUUGUCUAAAAAUUCAAUUCCACAAGACAGUUUUUUUUUAAUUUCCAUUCAUCAGUUCUAACAAGAAAUCAUUUGUGCUGACUUCUGCUAGCUAUCUGCAUUUGGGCUUUUCAUUUCUAGGCUUGCUACUAAAUGCAAGGUAUAUAUUUGAAAUUUAUUCUGCAUUUGGACUUUUUCAUUUUUAGGCUUGCUACUAAAUGCAAGGUAUAUAUUUGAAAUUUAUUCUGUAUUUGGGCUUUUCAUUUCUAGGCUUGCUACUAAAUGCAAGGUAUAUAUUUGAAAUUUAUUCUGCAUUUGGGCUUUUUCAUUUCUAGGCUUGCUACUAAAUGCAAGGUAUAUAUUUGAAAUUUUUUCUGCAUUCUGGCUUUUUCAUUUCUAGGCUUGCUACUAAAUGCAAGGUAUAUAUUUGAAAUUUUUUCUGCAUUCGGUCUUUUCAUUUCUGGGCUUGCUACUAAAUGCAAGGCAUAUAUUUGAAAUUUAUUCUGAGAAUCAGUCUCUAUAACUGUUUAUUAAGCUUUUUAUCUCACCUGCCAUUAAGAACUCAUUGAGCUGAUAAACAGUGUCACAAAACUUGUCUUCUAGAACUCUGUGUCUGCACUAUGGUUAGAAGAAUAAGAUCUGACCAUGAAUCAUUUAUGUAUUGUAGUACAGCCCGAUUUCUUUAGGCCAGUGCAAGCUUUUUCUGGUCUGGGUAGAAAGGAUGAGACAGGUAACACUAUGUUGUCAAGUUGGUUUGUUUAAACAUUUUACCUGGUAUUUAAUAGACAACUGUAUUACAUUGCAUUUCAAUGUAUUUUUUAAAAAAAUCUUUAGCUUGAGAUUGGACACAGGAAAAGAAAAAAAGACAAAAGUACAUUAAGGAGAAAUACUCUGUACAAUUUAAAUGCUGUAGAGUAAGAUAAGAGAUAAGCUGACAGUUGUAACAUUGAAUUUGUAUUAUCUUUGUGUGUGUGUGUUAAUGUGUUCUGUAAAACAUAAAUUACAGGUGUGUUUGAUUGCACUCUUCAUGGGUGACACUGUUUUUGUUAUUUUAUGUCAACUACCAAUUUAGUGUUGCCAGAUUGCUUCAAUUUUUCCAGAGUCCAUUGUUCUUGUUUCACAUACAUCUGCAAUACCUCAAGACAUUCAACUCACUAUUCAGAACUGUAGUGUUUCAUAUGAUAUAAGAAAUAUAUAUAUAUAUUUAUACAGUACAGUCAAAGCUCAUGUUUUGAGCCAGAAACACUAAGAUGUUAGGAGUCAGUGCUUCUACUCAGGCUUUUCAACAAAUAUAUCCAGACUUCAAUUUUGACUGCAAAUGUUGAGGGAAGCUCAGUCAAAUCACUCUUUUUAGAAGGAAAUCAGUCUUAGAAGGGAAAUGUAAAAACAAAAACAAAUGCUGUUUUUUUUUUUAGAGUGUUGUCAAACUAUCCAUUUUCUCCCCAUAUUUAACUGUUGUUUUUUUUUAGAACUAAGCCUAAGUUGGAAAGGGAAUGUUAUACAAUAAUAACAUGCAAAGGAUAUCUGAGUCUUAACACUACUCUGAGGAUGAGGCUGUUUUUAUCAUUUAGGAGUUCAUGUUGAUGAAUAAGACUGAAUAAAGCCUGCCAAUAACUGCACCAAUAUAUGAAGUUUUAGAUCUAUAGAAUAAUUAUUCAGAUAAUUUACAAAUAAAGGUCAGAUUACUUUUUUUUUGUCUCUAGUACUAGUCUAGUAAAAACAAAAAUACCCAGCACAGAAAGCACUAAUUAGGAGGUCUGAUUUUCACCAUUCAUGAAUAUUGAAAUGUCAUCCUCUCUUUCCCCCUCCCCCCAUUUUGUCAUUCUUUCUGUAUUUGUUUUCUUUUAAUUAUUUUUAAUUACAUGACCACCAGAGAAAAAUAACAUCAUAAACAUACCUGGGCUAGGGCUGUAAUAUUUAUUUCCAAUGUCAGAACUGACCAAAAUAUUUUUGCUUUUAUUUUUUUCUUCAAUCUGAAAGUUCUCACCCAUUCUCCCCCCCCCCCCUUUCACCUUUUCCAAACCUGCCUGACUGUCAUCAGAGAAUGAGAAGCAAAACUAUUUUUGUUGUGUAAUUACCUCGUACUGGACAUUUGUUUUGAUAUACUGUAAAAUCUUUUUGUGUUGCUAUUGUACAAUUACCUCAAAGAAAAGUUGCGUACAAAAUGACUCUACUACUACUAUAUAUUAUUUACAAGUAUGAAUACCUCGAACACAGAAAACAUUGAACAACAUAAAAGUGUUCAACUAUUUGUUUUGCAAUUACCUCAAAUUUCUUUUGUUUUGCUCUGCACACAUUUUGUUUUGGGUUUUUGUGUUGUUGUUGUUGUUGUUUUUUUUUGUUUGUUGUUUUUCAGUGUGAGUAAGUUGAUAUUUUUGUUCUUGGAGAAAGUCAUCCUAUUUAUUCUGUAAGCAUCAUUUUUCAUUCUGUCGAAUGCUUUGGCCAAGUGGACUAGAAUAUUGUUAGUUCAUAUUGUAUCUAAACUUUAUGGCAUUCAAUGGAAUGCCACUUUUCUAUAGAAUGGCUUCUUGUUUUUUUUUUUGUGUGUGUUUUUUUUUAGAAAGCUUCCGCUACCUGGGUUUGAUGCUUUGCUGGUAACACCUACAAUAAACUGAGACCAUACAGUUCUGUGCUAGUCUCAUAGCUGUGUUGUGGCACUCAGCAGAGUAAUUUGGUCAGGGAUUCCAGUCUUUGUUGUGUAGAUCUAUAUGUUGUUAUUCAGAU